UCCCCUUCAUACCAUGUGCAGUGUUAAGGAUUUGCAGUCUAUGAAGGCAGUCAGUGAUCUUCUGCAAGAGGGUUUUGAGUCUAUUUGUAAUAUCAGUACAUCCCUCUUUAAUGCCAAUGUAGAUCACAACACUGGCAAGUGUUUAAAUUAUGAACAAAUCAGGAAACACAUUGAACAUGCUGACCAGUGUCUGAAGAAGUCAGAGAAGAUGAGUAAAGAAAAACUGCAAAGCUUGGAUGAAUCCAUGGAGCACCUUCUAAAAGAGAAGGAACGUGUUGACCAAAUAAAGAAAGAGAAAAACCUAGCCAUGGAUAAACUCCAUACAGACAAGACAAGUGCAGAAGAAAUGCUGAAAAUUUUUAAGAAAGCUUUGGAGCAGGCAGAAAAAAACCUAGCCUCAGAAAAAGAAGCAUUAAAGAAAGAGAAAGCAAGGAUGAACUCAAGUGCAGUGUUAACAGGUGUAGGGGCAGGACUGCUUGCAAUACCAGUGGCUGGAUGGAUUGCUGGUGCAGUAAUGAUAUGUGAGGGAGAACGUGGAAGGCAUGAUGCAAUAAACUGCAUUGCUGGGGAGGAGAUAACAAAGGCUGAAUUUCAGUUGAGAGAAUAUACCAGUAAGGUGUCUGAUUAUCAGUCCAGAAUCUCUGAAUUACAGAAUGAGAUUGAGAAAACAAAUGAAGAUCUGAAUAAGAUUCAAGAGGAGAUUGAAGGGCUCAAGCAGCAUCUAGAAGUAAUAGCUGAAAUUCAAAAUAAUGUUAGGCAAGCUGUGUGCCUUUUAAGUGUUCUAAGUGGAAGAGUCACUGUAUUGGAAAAACAAACUCAACGUUUCUUCAUCUGGGAACCUGUGAUGAAGGUGAUGGAAGAUGUGAUGAAGGCAGCAUUCAAAAUAGCAGAGAAUCACAUCCUCUAUCAGGGUCUUCCAAGUGUAAGGAUUUACCCCGUUAACCCAGUGGUGGAGUCCAAGGGGUGUUGCGAAGGAUCUUUCUGGCGCUAUUGUUUCUGUUUUAACAUUAGGUAAUUUUAUCUGAUUAUUUAAUAUUGCACUUGUUCAUUCGGUUGCCAGAGUCGCACAGAGUCCUUGUAGCGGCUGUUCUUUUUAUGCUGGCACACGAUCACAAACUUGACUGUAUAACCAGAGUUAAUUUAACAAUGCUACCCAAUGCUUGCUAUUAUUGAAAGGUACCAAACAAUGUAGCCCGAAACAAUCGCCUAUAUAACAACUUAGUACAAAGCAGAGACAAUAAGCGGUUUAAAUUUUAUAUAUUAUAUAUCCUUGUACUGCAUGAUCAUUUCUAUUGCUGUACCACUGUGUUUUAACACUAUAAUGAUGUUUGCUUUCCUUAGUAUGUCUUAUAAUUCACAUUUAUUGAAAUUAUUAUUUUA